AACAAGAAGAAGAAAUGAGCCCAAUUGCAUUGGAAAAGACUACAGAUAAUUGGAAAGCAUGUUGGAAGCUGCACCAUUUUUUAUGGGUAACAAAUAUUACACCAAAUAAGAUGAUUGAAGUCAAGCUAAAUGCAAAUUAUUUUCUCAGUGCAAGUGAAAGUAAAUAUAAUAUCCUGAUUAAGGAAUUGUUGAGAAAUCCUGAAUUCCCCAAAUUCCAUAAUAUUAAAGAGGAAAGUAUAUUAGAAUUAGUAAAUAUUGCAAAGAAUUUUACACAAUUUAAUGAUGAUAAUU